AUGCUAAAAACUGAUGAUGGCGUUGAACUUUACAAGGACGACGAAAAGGCUGAACAUCUGUCCAGGUUCUUUCAGUCGGUCCUUACGAGAGAAGUCGCUGUACCCACUGAUCACUGUAAUGUGGACAAUGUCCCGACAAUUGACUCAGUGGUUCUCACAAAACAUAUUGUUCAACAGGAAUUACUGAAGCUAAAAGAAGGGACUUCACCCGGUCCUGACGAAAUACCGGCAAAGUUGUUGAAGGAACUAGCCACAGAAUUGGCAGAACCUCUGAGCGUCCUCUUCCAAGCCUCUCUUGAUGCAGGCAGACUGCCUCCUGAGUGGAAGACUGCGUGGAUUUCACCGAUUCAUAAAAAUGGCAGUCGCGCUUCCGCAAACAACUACCGACCAGUAAGCCUCACCUCCAUAUGCUGCAAAGUUAUGGAGCGAAUAAUCAAACGCGAACUGAUGCGGUUUUUAGAGCAAAAUCACCUUCUGUGCGAUGCACAGCACGGUUUCCGCAGAGGGAGGUCCUGCUUAACCAAUCUACUCUACUGUCUUGAACAGUGGACCCGAGCGAUUGAUGAAGGAAACGUUGUGCAUGUGGCCUACAUAGACUUCAAGAAGGCAUUUGACAGCGUGCCACACCAACGUCUCCUACACAAGCUCAGCCGCAUAGGGGUAAGAGGCAAGCUUUUGAAGUGGAUUGAAAACUUUUUGGUCGGUCGGUCCCAGACUGUUCGUCUUGGUGGCCAGCACUCGGCAGAGGUGACGGUUACGAGCGGAGUACCUCAGGGCUCCGUUCUUGGCCCUAUCCUCUUCCUCAUCUAUAUUGAUGACUGUAUCCAUGGAUUGGACUGCAAGAUUGCCAUGUUUGCUGACGAUAUAAAGCUUUGGACCGUCAUCCGCAACGAGGACGAUGAAGCAAAUUUACAGGCAAACUUAGACUGA